GGGGCCCGACGCGCGAGGCUCGCAGCAGCGGGCUGGGGGCGCCCUGGGCUGCCAUAAAGUGAAUGGACGCCGGCUGGGGGUGGCAGUCCGCGGCCAACCUCCCUCUCUCCCUCAGCGAGUCCAGGAGUGCCGGAGCCGAGCGGCGGCCCAGGCGCAGGGGGGCGGCCCCCACCCCGGCCGGGUGCCCGGCCCCUGGCCCCUGCCUGCCCUCUAGACUGCGGCCGCCGCCAGCGCUGCCGGGAGUCUGCCUGCUGCGGGACUCACUCUCCACCAAUCCCAACACCACCCUGGUGGCUGAGAGAAGGUAGGAAGGAAAUUCUGUGCAAGUGAGCAAAACAACCCAGCUGGGGACUGAGUUUUCACGGGGACAUGGAUAAGAGUGCUCCCUCCAUGGAGUUCGGCCUGCUCAGCGAGGCGGAGGCCCGGAGCCCAGCCCUCUCGCUGUCAGAUGCAGGCACUCCUCACCCGCCACUCCCAGAACACAGCUGCAAAGGCCAAGAGCACAGCGACUCAGAGAAGGUCUCGGCUUCGCUACCGGGUGGCUCCCCCGAAGACGGCUCGCUGAAGAAGAAGCAGCGGCGACAGCGCACUCACUUCACCAGCCAGCAGCUGCAGGAGCUGGAGGCCACCUUCCAGCGGAACCGCUACCCCGACAUGAGUACUCGCGAAGAGAUUGCCGUGUGGACCAACCUCACCGAGGCCCGCGUGCGGGUGUGGUUCAAGAACCGGCGCGCCAAGUGGCGAAAGCGCGAGCGCAGCCAGCAGGCGGAGCUGUGCAAGGGCGGCUUCGCAGCGCCGCUCGGGGGGCUGGUGCCGCCCUACGAGGAGGUGUACCCCGGCUACUCGUACGGCAAUUGGCCACCCAAGGCGCUCGGCCCACCGCUCGCUGCCAAGACCUUUCCGUUCGCCUUCAACUCAGUCAACGUGGGUCCUCUGGCUUCGCAGCCCGUCUUUUCGCCACCCAGCUCCAUCGCCGCCUCCAUGGUGCCCUCUGCCGCGGCCGCCCCAGGCACCGUGCCGGGGCCUGGGGCCCUGCAGAGCCUGGGCGGGGCCCCCCCCGGGCUAGCUCCGGCCGCAGUGUCCUCCGGGGCAGUGUCCUGCCCUUAUGCCUCGGCCGCCGCAGCCGCAGCUGCGGCCGCCUCCUCCCCCUACGUUUAUCGGGACCCGUGUAACUCGAGUCUGGCCAGCUUGAGGCUCAAGGCCAAACAGCACGCCUCGUUCACCUACCCCGCCGUGCCCGGGCCGCCCCCGGCUGCCAACCUCAGUCCUUGCCAGUACGCUGUGGAACGGCCCGUAUGAGUGCCCCGGCCCUUCGAUCUUCCCAAAGGGCGGGGGCGAUAAUUCACAGCCUCCUCGGACUGGGGUCUUCCUGACUAGCUUGCCCCUGUCCUGGGGUCUGAGAGGGGUGCUGGGGCAGCUCGGGGGGCGGCCGGCUCAGGAGAGCCUUCCCCUUCCAGCCCUGAGAGGCAGGCUGGGUCCUACACAAGCCCACGCCCCUGGGACUAAGGCUAGAAACAGGGACCAGUUCCCCGGGGGCCAACUCACCUUGGCCCACCCCGCCUUCUCCAGACUCCCCGGUUUUCAAACAUUAAUGAAAUAAACUUGCGCGGACUGUC